UUCAACAUACGGCACGUAACUCUUAGAAAUAUGAAUUGCUUAUCCUUGUCAGAUUCUAUUUAUUUCUCUUUAGAGACUGCUUUCAGCAAUUUCUGUUUUUCUACUUUAUCACGGAAUAUUUUAAAAGAGAAUACACACAGUCAUACAUGAAAAAAGCAUCAUGUGUUUGAGGUAUUGAAUCAGUUGUUCAGAUGAGGCACCGUUUUAGAGAAGCCUCGUGUAUGACGUAUGUAAGAUCAUGUUUACUCAAAAGUGUACUUUAAACAACCAUAUGCUUAUUCACAGAGACAAACUUUAUAUCUGUGAAGUAUGUAAAACGUCAUUUACUUUUAAGGAUAGUUUAAACACGCAUAUGCUAAUUCACACAGGAGAGAAAGCUUAUGUGUGUGAAAUAUGUAAGAAGUCAUUUGCUUUUAAGGGUACUUUAAAGAGGCAUAUGUUUAUUCACACAGGAAAGAAAGCUUAUGUGUGUGAAGUAUGUAAGAAGUCGUUUAGUCAAAAGUGUACUUUAAACUACCAUAAGCAUAUUCACACAGGAGAGAAACCUUAUAUGUGUGAAGUAUGUAAGAAGUCAUUUAGUCUCAAGUGUAAAUUAAAUACGCAUAUGCUUAUUCAUACAAGAGACGAAGCUUAUGUGUGUGAAGUAUGUAAGAAGUCAUUUAGACUUAAGGAUAGUUUAAAUAAGCAUAUGCAUAUUCAUACGGGAGAGAAACCUUAUAUGUGUGAAGUAUGUAAAAAGUCAUUUACUUUUAAGGGCAGUUUAAAUACACAUAUGCUUAUUCACACAGGAGAUAACGCUUAUGUGUGUGAAGUAUGUAAGAAGUUGUUUCGUCAGAAGUGUAAAUUAAAUACACAUAUGCUUAUUCAUACAGGAGAGGAACCUUAUGUGUGUGAUGUAUGUAAGAAGUCAUUUAGUCAGAAGUGUAAAUUUAAUACACAUAUGCUUAUUCAUACAGGAGAGGAACCUUAUGUAUGUGAAGUAUGUAAGAAGUCGUUUAGACUUAAGAAUAGUUUAAAUAAGCAUAUGCAUAUUCACACAGGAGAGAAACCUUAUAUGUGUGAAGUAUGUAAGAAGUCUUUUACUUUUAAGGAUAGUUUAAUGAGGCAUGUGCUUAUUCACACAGGAGAGAAAGCGUAUGUGUGUGAAAUAUGUAAGAAGUCAUUUGCUUUUAAGGGUACUUUAAACAGGCAUAUGCGUAUUCACACAGGAAGGAAAGCUUGUGUGUGUGAAGUAUGUAAGAAGUCCUUUAGUGAAAAGUGUACUUUAAAAUACCAUAUGCUUAUUCACACAGGAGAGAAACCUUAUAUGUGUGAAAUAUGUAAGAAGUCAUUUAAUCAGAAGAAUAAUUUAAAUUAUCAUAUCUGUAUUCGCGUAGAUGAGAAACCUAAUGUGUGCGAAGUAUGUAAGAAGUCAUUUAAUCGAAAGUCUUAUUUAAAUCGUCAUAUGCUUAUUCACACAGGACAGAAACCUUAUGUGUGUGAAGUAUGUAAAAAAUCAUUUAGUCAAAAGGCUCAUUUAAAUAAGCAUAUGCUUAUUCACACAAGUCGAAAACCAUAUGUGUGUGAAGUAUGUAAGAAGUCGUUAAGUCUUAAGGAUAGUUUUAACAGGCAUAUGUUGAUUCACAGAGGACAGAAACCUUGUGUGUGUGAAGUAUGUAAGAAGUCAUUUGCUUAUAUGGGUACUUUAAACAGGCAUAUGCUUAUUCACACGGGAAAGAAACCUUAUGUGUGUGAAGUAUGUAAGAAGUCAUUUAAUGACAAGGGUAAUUUAAAUCAGCAUAUGUUUACUCACACAGGAAAGGAACCUUAUAUGUGUGAAGUAUGUAAGAAGUCAUUUAAUCGCAAGAGUUAUUUAAAUGAACAUAUGUUUAUUCACACAGGAAAGAAACCUUAUGUGUGUGGAGUAUGUAAGAAGUCAUUUAGUUGUAAGGGUACUUUAAAUGAGCAUAUAUGCUCUUACACUUAGGUCUCUGACCACUUUUUUUUUUUUUUACCAAAGACACUUCAAAAAUUGCAGAUUUUUAAAUUCAUAUGUGAAAGCUGCAUAGCAGUUUGCAAAUAUAUGAAAUUUGGGGAUAAUUAUUCCCAUCUGUUGGAAACAGAAAUGUAAUUUAAAGUCUAAACACCAUGAAAUGUAUAGCUCUUAGUUAAACAUUGAAACAGUGCGAGAUGCUUUUUAAGAGAUUAAAAAUGCAAGCCCACCUGUAUUGUGAUUUGAGCGAAUUUUGCUAUAUUUAUUUUAUAGUAAUCAAAGGAUAAGCUUUAUAGAGUUAAGAAAAUCUUCAUACAUGUGAAGUGUAAUUUAGUCAAAAAGAUUGUUUGAAGUAUUUUAUGCUUAUGUAUGCAAGAUAAAAGUCUCAUCUGUGUCAACUAUGUAACAAGUGAUUUAGAGGAAAGACUGAUUUUAAACAAGCAAUUCAUACUCAUGUAUCAUAAAAACCUUUUGUGUAAGGUAUGUAGAAAGGUUUUUAUUCUAAUGGCAGAUUUAAAUAUCUAUCUCCAUAAAGGAGAGAAAUCUCACGAGUCCUUUGUGCAGCAAGUCAUAUGGAUAGAAGAUACUAUAGAAAAAUGUUUUUCUAUCCUGAAGAGAAGUCUCUUUUGAUGAGGUGUUAUAUUAGUAACAAUGCUUAUUUAUGGAUGCAGUAAGGAAUUGUCUAUGCAGCCAAGAAGCCUCAUUAUGUGAAUUCAAGUAUGGUUCAUUCAUACCAAGGGCAGAGUUUAGGAUUGGUUCAUGCAUCACAUUAGAGUUUCCAUAGUGUGCUGAGUGGCAGAUUUUAGGAUUUGCGAGUAUUAUACUGGGUUGUAUAAAGCCAACAACUGAUUCUGUGUGAAAUAUGUAAAUUGUCAUUUUACCAAAAUAAAUAAUAAACCAUUUAUUUAUUUCCGCAACAGACAAAGUCCUUGUGUGUGCAAAAUAAGUCAUUUUAAAGAAAUACUGACCUUUAAGUAACAUUUGCUAUUUCAAAUAAAAAUAAAGCUUCUUGAGCAGAUACAUUUUUUUCUUUUAAAGCAUCUGUAUACCAAUGUAUUUCAGGACAUUUUUACUUAUUCAUAAGUGUUCACUCUUUACCUGCCAUCUACCAAAAUGCACUAUGAGGAUGAUAUCUUGUUACCAGUUUCAAAUGCUUCUAAUAAUGAAAUCUUUAAGUAUGGCUAAAUGUUUAACCCAUAUCUCUAUUGUAAAUUAUGCAUGUUUUAUAAUAAAUUUGGCUUUUUGCGAGUUUAAUGCAGAUAUCAAUCACAUCUUUGUAUUUUAUGAUGGAUUGUGCAUGUAAUGAAAUAGUGUAUUAGGUACUUUCAUCUAUAAUAAACAUAUACUGAAGAUUAUGAUUACCCAACUACAGUACCAAAUACAUUUUGCAAUUAGUGCAUAACAUUCACAAAACAAUACAUGGUUGCCUCGUGUAACAUUGGAGAAGAGAAAUGAAAUCUAAAGACUCUCUGUCAAAGCUUGGAUGUACCAAGUAGAGCAAUCCCAUGUGUAUAAAGUAUUCAGGAAGACAUUAGGAAGAAUGAAUCAGUUGAGAAACAUUUGGAAGCACUUCCGCAGAGAACCCAGUAAAUGUAAACAUUGGCGAUACUAGUUCAAACCUGGUAACCGAGCAGAUACAUCCUAUUCGCUUGUUCAAAGGUUGCACCCAUUCCUCUUGCGUUCAUUUUGUUGAAUUAUCAAUGUCAUUGUUCGUAUUUGAAGACUUGUAUUAUUCUUCUCUUAUUUAUUAUUAUUUUUUCUGAAUUUUGUAACAACGAAUAGAUAGAAAUAUUUUCGUAUAAUUAAAGAAGUUUUCAUCGAUAGAUGCCCUCAGUUCAGUUCGGGAUCAAAGGAAGAAAAUAUGACGGAAGGUGAGGUUUCCAACCCCUAAAAUAAUUUGUUUUUGUAGGCCGCAAAAAUGUGUGGCACAGCUUUAGUAUUAGUCCUUUUUGGCACGAUUCUAUUUGGAGACUUUUUCGCACGAUUAUUGACAAAUUAUGGUAACCCUGUUAUUUACUGUUUUAUUUAUGGUAAUCCUAAAGCCGGAGUGCGCGAUUUCAAUUCAGUAUUCCCCCCCUUUUUUUUUCUAUGUAGUGAGCGCGGGAUCGUUCGAUUGGGGGGUUUAUUAUUUUUUAUGGUUUGUAUUUCAGGUAAGUUUUUUCUAUUUUUUUCAGUAUGCCUUCUGUUCUAAGUGUGUUUAUUAAAUAUCAGGGUUUGCUACAGAGUACGGUUAGUUGGACUUGUUCCAAUAACAGGCCAACUUUGAGGAAACAGGGUUACCAAAUAGGAAUUUUGUUACUGCUUUGUGUAACAACAGGGAUUUAUUUCUUGACUUUUUGAGAGGAAGCUGAUUUAGUGAAAAGCGAUUUAGUAUGCUUGAAGUGUGGAGGGCUUAUGAAGCUUGGUCCUAAAAAGACCGUUUCAGAUGGUUGUGCUUGGAUUUGCAGGAAAGUUAACGAGAGAAAGGUUUGUGGGGCUCAGAAGUCCUAAAGGUAUGGCUUUUGGUUUUCAUGCAGCAAGCUGAAGCUGGAGGAGAUAUUUCAUUUAACGUUUGAAAUAGUUAAGGGGACGCGAACAUGCGAUGUUCUUGACAAUUUUGGCUUCUCGUCAGCUACU